CGGUAUGGCCCGCCAACUAUCCAUUACAGAACUCGCCCCUCGGUGGUUAAUUGUCCCAGAUUCGACGGUCCUGACAGUUCCACGAUGCGAACUUUCACGCAUUACAUUCUACUUCUUUUGCUUGCUGUGACUAUCCUGGUCGAAGCUAUCCCCCUUCCAACGGGCUCGAGACGAACGGAGAUGGAGAACACUGCAUCGGUUAACGCGAAUUCUCUGAACAAUGCAGUAUCGGUCCGUAGCAGCGGUGAACGGCUUCUAAGAGCCUACAGGACUGACAGCGAAGGUAACAGCAACAAUACAGCCAAGGAAGAGAGAGAAAUUCAUAAUACAGUAACAGCAGCCACCGCUAAAAUCAUCGCGAAUCUCGGUACAAAAUGGAAAACACUCACCAACGAUGACUUCCGAAACAUGAAGUUGUUCCUCAAGGCGGUUUCCAAGGAUGCCGAUGAUACUGCCUAUGAUAUGCUGUUCAGAAAGGGAGCAACCCCCUACAAGCUCUUCACUGAGAUGAGACACAACGGUAUUGAUACGGAAGCAGCGAUUAAUGCCAAGAUAAAAGCCUUGUGGGCUGGUUAUUUUACAUAUUGGGUGAAGAGGAAUGCUGGAGAAAUUAAAGGGGUUAAAUAAAUGCUUGCAAGGCUUUUUUACGUAGUACUUUUGUAGACG